CCUAUGAGGCAGUGAGAGGGGAAGGGCUGCCCAGUGCAGGACUGGAACCCAAAGGGAGAUGCGAUCUUGUCUGUGACAAAUGCCAGCUGACAAAUUCCACGUUCAGCACUUGGGAUGCACGUGGCAGGAUGGGGACUGUGAGAAGAGGAGAUUUUCUCUUCGGUGGCAUUAAUUACAGGUCGAUCUUCUCCCAUUCUGCAUGCUGUGCAUGGAGGGUUUUGAGUUACGGCAGAGCAAAUGAUGCAUGCUCGUGAAGGAGGAAGGCUUCACCUCUUCGCCCUGCUUUCUUCCCUGCCUCAGCUUCAUUUUGCAUGAUUUCUGAAUAACAGCAGGAGCACCGAGAAGCCAUUGUGUCUUUAAGUGCAAAACAUACAGCUCUCUGCCGAAUUUCUGGAGGCUUCCUCGUUACUUGAUGAGAGAAAACACGAGUUUGCAUGUUCCAGAGCAGGAGACUGCAAGAACACGGUCAAUCCAAAGACGAAUGCAUCCAUGUCAUCUUUUGUAGCUGAGACUCUGACGUACUGGAGGACACUGCAUCUGCCUCAGUGACAAGGAGAGGGGUGAGCUGGACCCUCUGGGGAGCUGAGAAAGAAAUUGCGUUUGGUGGUCACCUGAGGAACUUACCUUCACACCCAUGUUGCUCUGAAAUGAGUUGAGUCCAACAUUUAUGUUUGGUAAGAUAAUUUUCUGGUUAACCCAUCUGCUGCCAGCAGUCUUGGAAGGGAAAGCCAGGUGAAAUAGAGACACAGUGAAUGCUAAGAGAGAGAGAAGACUCAACAAAAAACCAAACUUUUGUGAUGAUGCCUCAGGAGCAGUACGCGCACAGGAGCACCAUGCAGACCUCAGAAGGGCCCCAAGUGUACAAAGUCGGGAUUUAUGGCUGGAGGAAGAGAUGCCUCUAUUUCUUUGUGCUGCUCCUAAUGAUUUUAAUCCUGGUGAACCUUGCUAUGACCAUCUGGAUUCUGAAGGUUAUGAACUUCACAAUUGAUGGAAUGGGGAACCUGAGAAUCACAGAUAAGGGUCUAAAGCUGGAAGGAGAUUCAGAAUUCUUGAAACCUCUCUACGCCAAAGAAAUCCGGUCAAGACCAGGCAACCCACUAUACUUCCAGUCUGCCAGAAAUGUUACAGUGAACAUCCUCAAUGAGAAGACAAAAGUCCUCACUCGCCUUGUAACAGGUCCCCAGGCAGUGGAAGCACACAGCCAAAAAUUCGAGGUGAAAACCCUCUCUGGAAAAUUGCUCUUUUCUGCGGAUGACAACGAAGUGGUAGUCGGAGCAGAAAGACUGAGAGUUUUAGGAGCAGAAGGCACAGUGUUCCCUAAAUCUAUAGAAACUCCCAAUGUCAGGGCAGACCCCUUCAAGGAACUAAGACUGGAGUCACCCACGCGCGCGCUGGUGAUGGAGGCUCCGAAGGGCAUCGAGAUCAAUGCUGAGGCUGGCAGCUUGAAAGCCACGUGCAGGACAGAGCUCAGGCUGGAAUCCAAAGAUGGAGAGAUAACAUUGAAUUCUGCAAAAAUCAAACUACCUAACUUGCCUCAAGGAUCUUCCUCUUCUGCAGGGUCCAGGCAAAAAAUCUACGAGCUCUGUGUGUGCCCCAAUGGGAGGUUAUUUCUGUCUCAGGCAGGAACUAGCUCCACCUGCCAGAUAAAUACAAGCGUCUGCCUUUGAGAGACAGUUUGCAGUGGGGCAUCGCAGGCAGCACAAAAGCCAAUUCUGGUCUCCUAGAUUGCAGCUGCCAACUAUUUUUACUAGAACACAGAAAGCCUAUCAAAGACUCUUUUUGUGUGCGCGCGUGUGUGUGAAUAUAUAUAUAUAAAAUAUAUAUAUAAAAUUAUAUAUAUCCUCUGUGUAAAAUGAUGUUUCAGUACAAGGAAUCCCAGGGUGACCCUGUUACAUUUGUGUAGCAUUUCUCUUUCCCACACCAAAAUUUACUGGUACAAUCUACUGAAUUGGGCUUGAUGCUCCCCUGGACCCUUCCGUAAUAGUACAGUCUAAUGAUCACCCCUUGUUUUUGACCAUGUUCUAAGAGCAUUGGGAUUGCUGGCUGGUGUAGACCCUGGAACCAAAGUAGACGCACCAACAUACUAAGGGGAGAGUAGCGUCUGAUUAUUUUUGCACCGUUAAAUCAGUGGCAUGAGGAAAACAAAACAGCCAGAUGGGCUGUACUGGUUGCCUAGAGUGAUCCAAGAUACCUGGGGUUAAACUACACUCUCUAAUUUUCACCUGAAGCAUGGCUCCCUCGUGGGAGAGAUGGAUUGCACUUUGCCGAUAGAAAAGUCCUAAUCUUCUCGCUAAAUUAUUUUGUGAAGGGCUUCAAUUCUUGCUUGUACCUGCAAUGAAUGCCUUGUGCUAUUCAGAUGUCACAUGUCAGCUCUAACCCCAACCUAAAGUCAUCUCUGUGCUAACAGAACCAGCAUUGUAUUUGUUCUUGAAAGGAAAAAAAAGUUCUGAAAGUUGGACUAGAAGAGAAAAAUCUUGAACCGCUUUACUGAACAGGUGUCCUGGAUCACCCUACACGCUCUCUAUUACCACCUUUAAUUUUGAGAAGAUCUAACAUACCUGAGAAGGUGUAAGAUUUGGAAAUCACCUACCAGUACCUAUAGAAGCAAAAUCACCUGUUAAACCCAUAGAAAUUCAUCCAAAUUUGAUGUAUAACAUGUAUGCUAUGCUAGAAUUUUUGUCCUCUUUCUAUUCAGGAUAUGCAGUCCAAGAUCACAUACAUUUUGUGGAGACUGCCAAUAUCAGAGAUGCUGACAAUGUAACAGAUUUCUUUUUUAGGACUCUACAAAGAUUUUGACAAAUUCAAAUUACUGGAAAGAAAAGGCUUUGAAUGCUGGUUCCUCUAGAAUUCAAGCCCCAGAAUCUCUGUGAUUGAAUCUCUUCAUGGGUGCGUUUUCCUUACUGAAGUCCAGGAGGUGCUUACAGGCAGGAUAAAACAUGAAUCUGAUCUGGAAACAUUAUUUCCAGAGUAGAAGUUUUGAGGAAAAAAACUGAAACGGGCCCAGAUCUUUUAAUUCCGACCCAUUACUGCAUUCACAUGCAUGUAAAAACCUUUUAAAAACCAGUGUACUAAUUAGCACAAAAAGGGUUUAAAUCACAGUAAAUCUCAUGAGGACAGCAAGGUUUCUACACCACUGAGAUGCUACUGAAAAUAUUACCUCAUGUGCAAACAUGGCAGAUCUGUGCCCAUCCCUACCGAUAGCUGAGCAAAGCUGGUAUUCUUCAAGCAAUUUUCAAGAUACAAUGUAGCUGACGAUAAUAUUUAGAAAUAAUAACUUAGCCCUUUCCUUUUUAACAUAUUUCCACGUUUUCAUGUGGUCUGGAGAGUACCAGGGUUUGAUAUUUUUAACUGAUCGAUUCUGGCCUGAUCCAAAGCUGGCUGGACUCAAUGGGAAGAUUUCCAUGGCGUUUUGAUUGGAUGUUGCUUCCCAACAAAGCGACAUUCCCAUAAAAUUUAUUUCUGAAAGAGGUUUGAGUUAUCUACAUAUAUUUCUCUGAUGCUUUCAGAUUAAUUAACGAAUGCAAAUUAUUUGUUAAUGAAUGAUUCCUGUAAUUAUUGUCUUGAGUCAAUGUUCGAAUGCAAAGGGUCACCCAGGAUAACAAUUGUAUUGGGACACAGGACUAUACCAUCUCUGUUCAAAGAGGGGAAUUGUGCCUAUGCCUUAAGUCAAUGCACUCAGCAAGGAGAAGCACAUCAUAUUUAUCUUGUUAUUAAAACUAGUUUAUUUGGGGGGGAGGGACAGGAGGGUGUCUUGGGAACUGGUUGUGCAACUUAAAACAGAUAUUAAAGAAAUGCAUUAAGACUGUAGGGGCACCAAGAGUGAUACUGUUGUUUCUUUUUACCACAUUAAAUAUAGCAAAAUACUGUGUAUGUUACCUCUGGGACCACAGGUGAAGUCCCAUUCAUAGUCCUACAUUUGCUAUAGGUUUUUUUCCUGUUUCAUUUAAUACUGAUCACAAACUUUAUAGCAAGCAUAGCCCAAUUCAUAAACAAAUCCUAUGUUCACAAGCAUGUGAGUGGUUGUGAAGAUGCAUGCUGCAGAAGGAGUGCCCCAUACGGGAAAACAAGUUGGGUUAACUUUCCCUUCUCUAAGGGUAUCAGUGCUAGUUGGAAGCAUGGGGCUGAGCACAAGGACUGGCCCAGCAGGGAUGCUGUGUCCCAAUCCCAUACUCUGAUCCCAAGCGCCCGGUGGUCAGUCCUCAUCCUAAACACCCUUGGGCUGUUCUGCAGCAAUUUCGCUUUGACUGGAUGGUCUUUUCUGCUGGGAUCUUGGAUGAGGUGAGCACCCUCAUAUCUUGGGAAGACCAUGAGAUUCUAUAAGGACAUUCAUUUUGGUAUGAAUUUCUGUGGGGGAGCUGUUAGAGAACAGCCUUACACCUCUGUGCCACUACUGUUUUCUGCAGAAAGUGAACAAUGGGUACCUUAAUUAUGCCUAGGUGAAGGAGUUUAUAUAUUUUACAAUUUUGUCUCAAUUUUUAAAAGCGUAAAAUGAUAUUCUGUGUGCCUAGAGAUUGAACCCAUACAGAGACUUGAAAGUCAUUUGACCCGCACUUCAGUUGUAAGACCACAGUUCAGAUGAUGCUGCCUGCUCUUCAGCUGGUCAUGUGAGUAACCUUCUGCUGUUCAAUGAAUAGCAAACCAGAGUGAGCAGGACUGUAUCUAUGAGAUCCCAGGGGAAAAAUUGCAUUUUUUUUGUUUAAAAAGCAGCAUGCAGACACUUCCAGCCACCUCACACUUCAUAGUUUGUUGUCUGGAGGCACUUGUGGUGUGACUGACUCACCUGCUGGGAGAGGCAGAUGAUGAAGGUUCAGUUUUCCUCCUGCCUUGCCCAGAAACCACUCACAAUUGCUUUACCUGUAUGGGUUGGUUUUCCCUGAGUACAAACCAAGUCAGAACAUCCUUGGCUGGAAUUUUGUAUGUACACUCUACCUGCCAUUGAUGAAUGCCAAAAACAAAGAAGGGUUUGUGUAUUUCUUUAUGAAUUGGGCCUGUAAUUUAGUUCAGUUGAGCAUUUGCUAUUAGGGGGGGAUGGCAUUUAUCUCAAAUCAGAGUUUAGUUUUACCUCUCAACACUAAGGCAAGGCUGGGGUGGAUGGUGAACCUGUUCGUGCUGAGCUCAGUGGAAGAGAUGCCAAUGACUUCGUGGCCUGAGCAAAGGCAGGAGCCUGAUGGGUGAGAAUUCAGGGCACUGAUGCCAGAGGAAACAGUGCCAGCAGCUGUGGUGGCUGUGAAGCUGAACUCUGUCUGCUCCAUGUGCAAUCCUGCAUUGCAGCUGUGUGCAUUGCAAACAUUGAAAUGCUAAUCGAGACACUGUGAUACUAGUGUCAAUGUCCCUUAGGCAACCAGAUAAAGAUAAAUGCUUUUCUGUAUUGUAGCUCUUCACAGGGUUUGGAGACCUUGCUACAUUUGCUUUAAAUGCCACACUUCAGUACUGUCAGUGCUUACCUGUACACCAGUACCUUAUGCAUAUGUCAUGUAUGACCCUUCUGCUGUAACGAGUUGGGAUGGGGGGUGUAAAGCAAAAAGAUUUUGCCGUUAGCAAAAGCAGCAAUCCUAAUACCGAUUAUACAACCACAUCCAUUCUCCAUGUACCUUUGUUUCUGUUGAUUUUUAAACUUAUUUGGAGUAUAUUACCCAGUAGUCCAUGAAAUGGGUGGCUUUAGAGUUUGAAGAAAUGUUGAAAUGAAAGAAAGUCAUUGAAAAGGGGAGGCCGGUAACUAUGAAGAUAGGUGUGUGACCUCUGUAGGUACACAUUUUUAGAAAACUAAGCAUGUGCAAGAGUGAUUUGUAUUUGUUUCUCUCAGUCGCAUGCUCUCAGGCACCUGUAUUUUCAGAGUUUGGGUUUUUUCCUCAUUCAGUCACAAGUAUCACAAUGCACAAACAAAAAAGCUGAAGGCAUUCACCUGGCAGUCCCACCUGCAGUACAGCAAAACAAUGUGAAUCAAGAAAACCCUCCCUAGAAAUUACUUGAAGGUUGAGGAGAGAUUCCUAGGGCGACCUGCAAAGAUGUCAGUUCACAUCAUACCUAGUUUGCAGUGACAGAUGGUCUUAGAGGAGAUUAACUUUUGUUGUCGUGGCAUACAUGCACACACACAUAUAUACAUAGUUAGAUACACUUGUUUACAACAAAAGACAUUUUUCUUUGCUGUUAUGGCUUUAAGUUUCACAUUGCAAAAGACAAUGAGACAAAGACCAAAGAUUACAGAAAUUAAUCCCUUCUCUGGUUGCCCUCGCACCCGAAAGGCAUUAACUUCAAUGGUGCUUUUUGGAACUGGGCAGGAAAAACACAGGUGUAUCAUUUGUGAGCAUACAGCAGCAGGAAGCCUUUAAUUUCCUUCACGGGGAGAAAAGGAAAUAACCUGAAAUUCUUUAGGUGUGUACAAAGGUUACCUAAAAAGAGAAACAUGAAGAAAUAACCAAAAAGUUAAGAGAGAUCGUCCUGGGCUGAAGGUAUAAUUAAACUGAGGAGGUGUUUGUUGCUGGCUGUGCACUCGACCAUCAGCAGAUGAGGGAUGCUGGCAGGGCACACACACAAGAGCAGGAUGCCCCUCUGAAACCGUCCGAGUCUUUAGUCCUUGGAAUGCAGUCACCCUGCUCGGUGAAGAAGAGAAACUGUGCUGAAAUGACUUCAUUGUAAAGUGCAUGCCGUAAAAACAAGAAAGUUUGGGGCUGUUCUGUUUGGUUUAUGGUUUUUUGUUGUGUUUCUUUGUUGCUGGUUUUUUUUUAAUGGCUGACAUUUUAAAUUUGGAAAUGUCAUCAUCCAGAACUCACCUGAGCAAAUGCAGGGAGCACUCCUGUCAAGCUCCGGCAAUCAGGGAUUGGUGCUCCUCAGCCGAACGCAGCAGCUCCUUUAUUCUCAUUGCCCUUGUUGUUGAGGAAUGCAAUCACUGUAACAUUUCCAUUUUCCCCCCUCUAAGCUUUUUCAUCAGCUCUGGAAUUGCCGUGUAAUAUUUCGGUAGUGGUAUUUCUGCGUUCGUGUGGCCUGCAGCCCCCGGUGCCACCUCACACCUCCCAAGACCCAAAUCAGAGAGCAGCAAGCGCGAGGCAGUGGUGCUAAGGUGAAAUUUAGGCCUUUUAGGUAAAUUCUGCGUGGCAGCUGCAGUGUUUUUACAGCUGAUGUAGCGAAGUCUACAGCUGUGGUAGGAGCAGGGCUGAGCACUGAUGUGGCUCUGAUGAGAUUACUCAGGAGAGGAGUGCAUUACCCGAAGGCAGGCAGGAGGGAGAGGGAAGAAGUGGCAAGAGACAUCACCUUAAUCACCGUAAUGCAGCGAACUUCUUUGUCUGUUUACACUGUUAUACUUUAAAUUAAUAACAUCCAUUUCACUAAAUAUGGUAGCAAUUAUGUUUGAUCUUCCCUGGUGCACAGUGGAAUUGCUGUCACUGGAAGCACUUACAGCUUGGGCUGCUUGAGAUGGCUAAGGUGUUGUUUCCAUCCACAAUAACCACAAUGGCUUGGGGCUUGGAUGGAAAUUAUAGUGAGUGGCUUGUGUUUAGAAAGCUUUUAAAUUUACUGUGGUUGAGAAGCACACGGUUAUGCACAGAGAGCCCCAAGGCUCUAUCAUUUAAAACUCUCUUGUCCUGCCACUUGAAUUGCAUUCUGCCAUCAUGGAAAGGGACCCGCUUUCUUUAUACAGGAAAAGACAGAUAUUUAAAGCUGUGGGAUUUUUAUCCUGAGCAAAGAAGAAAAUACAAUCCUAGUGAAUCGCUAAGAUUUCCCAUCCAAGUCACUUUAAACCAGAGCUGCAAGUCCCUUAACUUGGUGAUUUGCUCAAAGUGUUAAUUUCUGCAGGGAAGUCAGCCGUGGUGUCUCUUCCAGGAAAAGCCUCACCUCGCUGCGGCUCAGAGCCACGUGGGGGCUGGGGUUUGGGGUCAGGUCGGUGGCAGUGGGCUCCCUGCUUCAAAGCAGCCAGAUUUCCUUAGUGGCCACUCAUCUCCAUUGGACAGGGUGAAUUUUUUUUUUUUUUUUUUUUAACUGGUAUUAAAAAGAAGGGAGGAUCUAUCCACUAUGGAGCAAUAUAUGAUUGUGUUUGUCUCUCACUGAGUUGGCCUGAGCUUUCUGACGGUAAGAGAAAAUGUCAGAAAGAGAAAUUUGUGCAAAACCCAUAUGUUUAUUUUUCACUCUGUUCCCAAGUGCUUUGGGUAAAAACACAUGGCUUUAGUAAAAAGGCCUUUUUUUGUCUAAGAUUAAAAGGACAUCUUUGAGCCAUCCCAAAUGGAACCUCACCCUUUCUAACAGCUCUGCCAUGGCAGGAAUAGGCCUGUUGCAAAGCACAGCUCGUGUGCAUCUCUGCAUGGAGCAAGAGUUUAAAGUUGCAUUGUACUCUCACGUUUUUGCCCCAUUAGAAAGGCUUAACUGCUGAUAGGAGAUAAAGCUUCCUGAAGCCUGGUACGGCUCAAGGCAUCAUCGCUUUCUAAAGCAAUGCAGCUUCUUUCGUCUUUUAAAGAUUUCCUCAUAACAGAAUCCUUGAAACAUCUUCAGGCAGGCUUGCGCUGGGGAGCAGAAUAAUAAUUAAUUGUGGGCGGCUCUAUUUCUGUUGAAGGCUGGAUUAUAGUUGAAAGAAUGUUGCUGUUGUCGUUUCUUCCUCACUGACUGAGCUGCAAACACCACGCACACCCCCACUGCUCCAGUGGCAUUCCUCCCAGGGUGGUUCCACGUAUCCAGGGACCUUGUGGCAACACUAAACAAGAGCCUGCUGGUUUGGGACUCAAUGGGUCCUCCUCUGGGCUUGUGCACUCACUAGCAGUGUUGUUCUUGAUGUACCAGAUAACGAAACACUUCAUCAGUGCUAAUGGUUUUACAGGUGCUGCGUGGGUGCAGACAGGGUGGUAGUUACUGGUUGCUGCUCUAGCAAGUCUUUGUUCACCCCAAAGGCAGCAGCUGCAGCGAUGCCAGGUGGGCACCGGGGCUCUGUUGUUCUGUGCAUUGGGUUGAGGCUGCACUGUCUGCAGGGAUUUGCUUUCUGGGGGUUAUCAGAGUUAGGGGUAACAAAGACUGACCUUGCAGAGCCUCUCAGACAGCAGAACUGAGCACUCACCAUACCCUGUGUUUGGCAAAGAAGGGCUCUGUGCUAGCAUUCCCACCCAGAGUUCUCCCUAGAUCAGAGCUAUUCCUGAGCCGUGAGCCAAAUCUUGGUCUGGAUCUGCCCUGUGCAGUUCUUUGGGUGCAGGGAAGGGGUUGACCUGCUGGAUCUGACUUGGAUCCAUUCUAUUUUUUGCCUGCCCCCUAUUUUACUUUGUUUUUUUGUGCACGAACACCAAUAGAGUUGUUGAUAUUAACCCAGCAAAUGCUCCACAUAAUUAAACCCAACAGCAAAACAACAUUCAGUGCUGAAGCAAAACCCCAUUCAUCCACAACAGCAGCAUAAAGGCACGACCCAUGUGACAAUGGCAGUUCUCAUCUGUGAUGGUUAAAUACCUUGUCUGACCUCUACUCUGAUAACCACCAAUGAUCUUGAUAUUGUAAACAGGACAAACAAAUUUUAAAGUCUUAUCACAGUUCUCAUUAAGGAAUUCAGAUUUGUUUGGCUUUUUUUCUUUUUAAUUUAUGUAUGUGUGUGGUUGUGUGGGAAAAUAUAAAGCUUUUUUGUAUCAAAUAACAUCAAUCCUUGCACACUCUAUGCAAAAUUUUGUAAGCAUUGCAAUAAUGCUAUGAAUUACACAAGGAACUAUUUUAACUUUAUUACACUUUCUGUAUAAAAAAAAAAAGAAAUUUGUAUUUAAAUGAUUUCAACUGCAAUCUUGUAAAAUAUAUUAAUAAAAUAAUGAUUGUUAAGAA